AUGCCAGCCUUCUCUAGCCCCGUCGAUGGCCCAUCGACAACCGCGCCGCCUAUCCAGCGCCUGACCCUCGUCUUCAUCCACGGCUGGCCAAUGUCCUCGCGCAUGUACGACCACUUCUACAGCGACCUCGUUGACAAGCACCGGUACCGCAUCGUGGCCACCGACCCGGCGCGGUUUCGGCCAAAGCGACUGGGCUGGACCAACGGGCCUACGACGAAGGACCACGUAACGUGGGCCACGUUCACAGCCGACCUGACCAGUCUGCUCGAGCACCUCGACGUCGACCCCUUCGUCUUCGUCGCCGCCAGCAUUCUCACGAUCCAUUCCUCGGUCGAUCAUCCAUUCUGGUGGUCGCCAAUGCUCCGGGUUGCGGCUGACGGGUUUGAUGCCACGAAGAGGGCCAGAGCCAAGCUGCGAGUGGAUAUCCCGUUUUGUCGUACUAUGUCCGAAGUCUUAGAACAUUAUGUUGACAGCGAUAUCUCUGUCCUGGCUCUGAUCACGACAUUUCCCAAGUUCCCAACCGGCGGGGAGUGA